GUCACGUGACUUGGAGAGCUCGUGAAGGGUGUGAGACGUGUAGCCUUGUCCUUGCGUUGGGCGAGCGGGCGGCCAAAGCAGAGGUGUGAGCGCGUGUGAGCUACCUCAGCCUGGAGGACCACUUUACCGAUUGAAAGAUCAAACAGUGCGCAUCCAUUGAAGAAAGGAGUUGCAUCCCCUCUGUGUCGUCUGAUCGCCAUGGCAUCAUCGGUUCUGAAGGCUUCUUCUUUCGGUAUCUCCAGAGCGUUUCGGGCUUGUCCUGUUGUGUACCUACCACUGAUUAAGGGGUCAGCAUGCAACUUCUCAACUUCCUCCUCAAGAGAUGCCAAAUUUUACAAUUCAGCUCAGGAAGCAAUCUUCGACAUCAAGGAUGGUGCCAAAAUUAUGGUUGGAGGAUUUGGUCUUUGUGGUAUUCCUGAAAAUUACAUAGCAGCUUUGUUAGAGAAAAAUGUGAAGAACUUGACUGUGGUCACUGACAAUGCAGGUGUGUCCGAUUUCAGUGUGGGUCUUCUUCUUCAACAAAGACAGAUUAAGCGUGUUAUUGCUUCAUUUGUGGGCAACAACCCUGUGUUUGAGGGCCAGUACUUAAGAGGAGAAGUAGAGGUUGAAUUCACACCACAGGGAACGCUAGCUGAGCGUAUACGGGCAGGUGGAGCAGGUAUCCCUGCUUUCUUCACACCCACUGGCUUUGGUACCCUUGUCAGCAUGGGUGGCUCCCCCAUUAAGCACACUGCUGAUGGCAAGGUGGAAAUACCCAGCAAACCCAGGGAGACUCGAGUAUUUAAUGGACGCAACUAUGUCAUGGAAGAAGCAAUCACUGCAGACUUUGCACUCGUCAAGGCUUGGAAAGCUGACAAAGCUGGCAAUCUCACUUUCAGGAAGACAGCACGCAACUUCAAUGUACCCAUGUGCAAGGCUGCUAAAAUUUCACUAGUGGAGGCAGAGGAAAUUGUGGAAAUUGGGGAUAUCCCACCUGAAGAUGUCCAUGUUCCCCACAUUUAUGUCAAGCGUGUCAUUAAAGGACCCAAAUAUGAGAAAAGAAUUGAGAAUUUGCGGAACAGAAAUCCUUCAGCUGGUGGGCCAGUUGCUCCAAAGGAUGGGAAGGCUGCGCUGAGAGAGAGAAUUGUAAAACGAGCAGCUGUAGAAUUCCAGGAUGGCAUGUGUGUGAAUUUGGGUAUUGGUAUACCCAUGAUGGCCAGCAAUUAUAUCAAGCCAGGAAUCAACGUUUGGAUUCACAGUGAGAAUGGCAUUCUAGGAAUGGGUCCAUACCCACUGCCUGGAGAAGAAGAUGCAGACCUCAUAAACGCUGGAAAAGAGUCAGUCACUGCCGUUCCUGGUACUGCAUAUUUUUCCAGUGACGAGUCUUUUGCCAUCAUAAGAGGUGGUCAUCUGUCAGUGACCAUGCUGGGUGCUAUGCAGGUGUCACAGUACGGUGACCUGGCCAACUGGAUGAUUCCUGGUAAAAAGGUGAAAGGUAUGGGAGGUGCUAUGGAUCUGGUAUCCAGCGGUAAGACCAAGGUCAUUGUAACCAUGGAGCACUCAGCCAAGAACGGUGACCACAAAAUUCUGCGUGAAUGUUUGCUGCCAUUGACUGGCAAGAAUGUUGUCAACAUGAUCAUCACAGAGAAGGGUGUGUUUAAUAUCGACAAGGACAAAGGUCUUACACUUAUAGAGAUUGGAGAUGGUGUAUCAGUGGACGACAUUAUUAGAACCACUGGCGCAGAGUUCAAGGUUGCUCCAGAUCUAAAACCAAUGCAGCAAGUAGAAAUGUGAUUUGGAUGAGUGUGGUUGUAGCAACGUGACAAGGGACUGGUCUCACAUCUCACCUGUGCUCCUCAUCCAGUUUAUGAAAACAUAGUUCUUGCCUCAGCACAAGCAGUUCGUCAUACUUUGGCUUGCCAUCAAACAGGUCUUAAUGAAAAGAAGAUUGGUUUUUGCGACCUACAUUAUAUUUUCAGUGUUUUUAUGGAAAACACUUUUAAAAAUGUAUGAAGCCACUAUUAAAAAAAAAACUGCUGUCUAAAACAUUUUAAACUAUGCAUUCCUACUAUGAUUAUAAGAUAGAACAUAAUGCUUAGUUUUAGCAUUGGUGAAGAAGGGUUGUCAGAUAUUUUGAUGCUUUAAUUUGUGCAGUGCAUAGACAAGUGCAUGCACCCACACAUUUAUUUACAACACAUUUGUGUGAAAAAAGAAACUAGGUCAGAAACAGACAGACUAGACUGAUGCCUGCUGGUUGGUCAAAAUUACAAAAGUAACUACAGUUCCAGCUUUUCUUGCCCUCAUCCAUCGCAAAUGUUGGACAGGAGGCCAGCAAAACAAGGAAAUAUCCAUAAUUAGAGGGAGUAUAGAUCUAUAAAUAGGAGUAACUGUGAAAAUGACUCUUCCACAAAGUAGAGUGAGGGGUGGGAGUUGACAAGACAGUGAGGCUACAUAGAUGUCACCAUUACACAGGUGGAUGACUCACAGUACACUGUAGUGACUAUUGUCACAUCAUUCGCUUUUGGACAGGCUUGCUUUGAGAUCAUGCCAUUGUGAGCUGCUGCUGCAAUAAGUUGAAACGUUCCAAGCAUAAAAGGCAUAUCGUGAGCUGACAGCAGUUUUAUCAUGAUAAACAUUAGCUGCAUUUUAUUGCAUCUCAAGACCUAGACUAAGCAAUGGAUUUCUAGAUUUAUUGUGGGGGGGGUUUUGUUGUUGUUUUGGCUUUUUUGGAGUAUUUCCAGUGACAUGCUUAGGAGAUGACUUCUUUGAUCAUCGGAGGAAUUUCUGUUUACCCGGAAAUGUGCUUUUAAAAGUGCAAACUCCGUUGGACUCGAUACACAAGUCUACCAUCAUUCAUUGUGCAGCGCACUUUAUGUUGACAGCAGAAACUUGAAGGACUGAUGUUUAUUUAUUGCAUUGGUGAUGUGGAAAGAUUUUUAUCUGCACAGAUGAUGCAAAAGCUCAAGUUCAAACUGUGACAUUUGUUCUAUGGACAUUUAUCAACUUAGCUUAAUAGUAUGUAAUUAUGCAAUAAUUUUUUUUAAAUUACUUAGCAUUUUACAAAAUUGGCAGGCCAGCCCUUUUUGAAACUAAACAAAGAUACCUGAUCAUUUUUAAUUUCUUACACUGGGUAAAUUUUUAGUAGAUUUGUUUUAAUAUUUCAUUUUAUUUCCGUCAUAAUAUAACACUAUGCAAGUCUUGUUUGUGGGCCUUUUGACUCUAGUAAACUAAAUGUAGACAUAUGUGAGUUGCACAUUUCUGUACAGUAGAAAGAGCUGUAGUGAAUGAUCUGUGUCAGAUAUGUUAGGGAUUGUGAAUAGCUACCAAAUUUUGUCCGGUGAUUGGUAUGUUGGAUGUAGUAAGGUUGUCACCUUUGUCCGCUGGUGUGUUCAUGGAUAUUUACAAAUGUGAUUAACUUCCUCAAGUGUUUUCUGUGCUCUUGGAGGUCACCAGUUUUGCCCAGUGAUGUGUUCUUUGUAGUCAGUGGAUUUGGCAACAAUGGCUGCCACUCGUGACUACCAUUUAGCAUAACAAAUUAUUUAGGAGGUUCACAGAGCACUGUGGUACAGUUGAAGUUCUUGCAGCAUUCUGGAAUGGCAUGCAGUUGAUUUUUAUCACUCUCUUUCACCACCCUCCCCCGAGAAGAAAAUGCAGUUCUAACUGUUCAUCUCUCUGAUAGUUUUAGAUUAUUCUUUUCUUCUCAAACUGGACCUUUUUGUUUUUGUAACCCUUCUGAGACACAUGAAAUUUCAAAUUUAUUUCAUAGAAUUAUACACACGACAUACAGUUUCCAUGAUCAGAAGCCUUGCAUCUUGGUUCUUGUCAGUGGUCAGAGAUGUAUAAGUGUUUGUCUACAUUGGGUCAUUGCAAGGGAUUUGUUUUUUAGACCACCUUUGACAUUGCAAAGUAUAUCAGCGAUUUUUCGUGGUCAAUGCAAAGUAUCAGAUUUCUCUGUCUACAUUCAGGUAAGAGGCAUGCAGGAUAUGAGUGCUUCAGUGACUACACAACUGCAAGCGCCGUUUUACUUUUCAGCCUGUCAACAAAUUUUAUAUUAACAGUCUGACAGCUUUUUAUUUUUCAAUGUGGAAAACCAGCUACAAAAGCAAAAUGUUAAAGUCACAAAAAAGAUCAUGGGAUUUGCAAAAACAGCAUUUUUCAAUUCAUUUGUUAAUGACAUGAAAAUAGUUAACCUUAAAAGUAAACUGUUUGCGACUAUCAGAUUAAAGAUAU